GAUCUGUUCUCCCAACUUUUCUACUACCACACAAAGGAGAUAGAAGCGGGUAAGAAUCAACUUCCCUUUGCGCUGUCGAGUCUGUUUCUGCAACUUCGUUCUGAAGCCAAGGUGGGAGCCUUUGUUGGAAGAGAUGGUGAUGGGCCUGAACCUUCUGUUACUGUUCUUCAUGCUGGGGCUGGGGCCGACCCCAUUGACCGUGGCUCAGGGUGACUCCAGGUACAAAUACUUUUUGAACCAGCACUAUGAUGCCAAACCAAUGGGCCGGAAUGACAGAUACUGUGGAAGCAUGAUGGAGAGACGAGACUUGACCACACCCUGCAAAGACACCAACACCUUUAUUCAUGGCAACAAGAAUGCCAUCAAGGCCAUCUGUGGAGAUAAGAAUGGAAGGCCUUAUGAGGAAACUUUAAGAAUUAGCAAGUCUCCUUUUCAGAUCACCACUUGCAAGCAUAUAGGAGGAUCUCUCCGACCUCCCUGUCGGUACAGAGCCACAGCAGGGUUCCGGCACAUUGUUGUUGCCUGUGAAAAUGGCUUACCUGUUCACUUUGAUGAGUCUUUCAUUCGUUCAUAACCUGCAGGCCACUGCUCCAGAACUAGCCCUGCUCUCCUUUUGCACUUCCCCACCACACCCCAGGGUGGCAGACUUUGUUUUCCAGGACCCAGCCAACAGGCUGCCUGUAUCUUUUGUUUUCUGUUUAUCCAUGUCUACUCAAUAAAAAUGUCUCUGAAAUUAAUAAGAAUCAAA